AUGUCCUCUACGGAACCCCCCGAAAUUGCGGAAGAUGAGCUGGACUCCGAAAUAGCCUCCAUCCGUGCCGAAAUCCGCAAUCUACAACGCAAGCGUCGCUUCCUAGCCACCAGCCUCCUUAGCUCCGACACCUUCCAAAAGCGCCUCAAAGAAUAUCAAGCUUCAAAGCCUGCAUCAUCCCUAGACCCAGACGUAUCACCCUUAGUCAACACGGCAGGAAAACACGCCGAAACGAACAACCACCGUGUCGCAUUCUCCGCGACUACCUUCCCCUUCAAAGACCCGUCGCCGUAUAGUGAGAAUCCAAAUCUUCUCGGGGUGCGGAUUGACAUCUGCUCUCGGAAUGGCCGUUUUACGAAACCAUACUACGUUCUGUUGAAGCGGGUGCGCGGGGAAGGGAAGAGGCUGCAGGUCCACCAGCAUACGAUUCCGGCGUUUAUCUCAGUGGAGAAGUUAGAACAGGCUUUCUUACCCUUGCCAUCUGCCCGCGAAGAAGAAGAAGCGGAGGCAACCUUGAAGCCAUGGAAGAGGAGUGCGAGCAAGCAGGAUUUGACAAGGUUUGUUCACGAGCUGAGACGGCAGUUGGCUACUUGGCAUUUAAGGAUGGAUGCCGUGAAUUUUCUUAGGGAAAGGCUGGGUGUGCAGCGCCGCACCGCUGAGCCCUAUAAUGAUAAUGAUGAUGGCGUUUGGACACGAGAUAUCUUAUCCGACACUCAGGAGGAAGUCCGGCUAGAAGCGAAUGAACUAGGCAUCGUAUCCAUUUCCCCAACCGCGCUUGACACAACUUAUGUCCGGGUCGAAUGGCAAAAUGGACGGGUGGGACGUUUUAAAAUAUCAAAUACAGGGUUUGUGGAGCGCGCAGUAGUCAUUGGUGACAACGGACGAGAUAAGUUGCUAGAGGGUGUUUUGACAGGCGGGAAUGGCAAGGUGGAGACGGUGCUAGACAGGUUGAAGCAGCACCUGGUUCCAGGUGAGAAAUAG